AUGACCAUGGUCAACGCUCUCACCACAUCGUCGCUGCUUCUGGUCCUGCUCGUGAUCACAACACUUGUCGGAACUUCAUCAGCGUGGAGCUUAUGGCCGUACAAGCAUGUUCACGUAAGCAACGAGCUGACAACGUACAAUGGUGUGUUGCACGUUCACUGCUGGUCCAAGAACGACGAUAGAGGAGUUCAAGAUGUGGCUGUUGGGACGGAGUUUACGUGGAGGUUCAAGCCCAACAUAUUCGGGACGACCAAGUGGAUGUGCGAGGUGUCCACGGAUGAUCAUCGUCGGGCUAGCUUUGAUUCGUAUUGGGAGGAUCUAGGCCAAGGGAGGAGGGAGUACAAGGAGAACAUUUUUUGGGUUGCGGAAGAGGAUGGUGUUUACCUUAGAAUUAUUCAGGAGAAUAGAGAUCAGUAUUGGGCCAAGUGGCAAUCACAAUAG